CCGCCGCUCCGGCCGCCCUCUGCCGCUCUCCCUGCGCUGCCCGCGCGCUCCCCGCCGCUCUCCCUGCGCUCCGCCGCGCCCGCGCCGAGGACGCCGAGGACCCGGCUCCACCGCGCCGCCGGCCCAGGGGCACUUCGCAGCCCGCCGCCUCCCGCCCGUCCGAGCGCCGCGGCCACCUGCUCACUCCCUCCGAUGGAGCUGGACCACAUGACGAGCGGCGGCCUCCACGCCUACCCCGGGCCGCGGGGCGGGCCGGCCGCCAAGCCCAACGUGAUCCUGCAGAUCGGUAAGUGCCGGGCCGAGAUGCUGGAGCACGUGCGGAGGACCCACCGGCACCUGCUGACCGAGGUGUCCAAGCAGGUGGAGCGGGAGCUGAAGGGGCUGCACAGGUCGGUGGGUAAGCUGGAGAGCAACCUGGACGGCUACGUGCCCACCGGCGACUCGCAGCGCUGGAAGAAGUCCAUCAAGGCCUGCCUGUGCCGCUGCCAGGAGACCAUCGCCAACCUGGAGCGCUGGGUCAAGCGCGAGAUGCACGUGUGGCGGGAGGUCUUCUACCGGCUGGAGAGGUGGGCCGACCGCCUGGAGUCCAUGGGCGGCAAGUACCCCGUGGGCGGCGAGCCGGCCCGCCGCACCGUGUCCGUGGGCGUCGGGGGUCCCGAGACCUACUGCCACGACGCGGAUGGGUACGACUACACGGUCAGCCCCUACGCCAUCACCCCGCCCCCCGCCGCCGGCGAGCUGCCCGGGCAGGAGCCCGCCGAGGCCCAGCAGUACCCGCCCUGGGCGCCCGGCGAGGACGGGCAGCCCGGCCCCGGCGUGGACACGCAGAUCUUCGAGGACCCGAGGGAGUUCCUCAGCCACCUGGAGGAGUACCUGCGGCAGGUGGGCGGCUCCGAGGAGUACUGGCUGUCCCAAAUCCAGAACCACAUGAACGGGCCGGCCAAGAAGUGGUGGGAGUUCAAGCAGGGCUCCGUGAAGAACUGGGUGGAGUUCAAGAAGGAAUUCCUGCAGUACAGCGAGGGCACGCUGUCCCGCGAGGCCAUCCAGCGCGAGCUGGACCUGCCGCAGAAACAGGGCGAGCCGCUGGACCAGUUCCUGUGGCGCAAGCGGGACCUGUACCAGACGCUGUACGUGGACGCCGACGAGGAGGAGAUCAUCCAGUACGUGGUGGGCACCCUGCAGCCCAAGCUGAAGCGCUUCCUGCGGCACCCGCUGCCCAAGACCCUGGAGCAGCUCAUCCAGAGGGGCAAGGAGGUGCAGGAUGGCCUGGAGCAGGCCUCCGAGCCCGCCGGCCCCCAGCGGCCCGCCGAGGAGGAGGCCGAGGCCCUCACGCCGGCCCUCACCAGCGAGUCUGUGGCCAGCGACCGGACCCAGCCCGAAUAGAGGGCGGCCCAGGCCGCAGCCGGCCCGCCACCCCCCCGCCCGUGGCCUUUGCCGACCAGGACUGUCCGAGCCGGGCCGAGCCCCGUGCGGGGGAGCCCUCGUCCCCCCGCCCGCUGGCCACCCCACCUCCGCCUCCCGGCCGGACUCGCACAAACACGCGUCAUCCAGAUGUGGACACUCUCCCCCCACCCCCCCAGCAGC